AUGGGGAAGCGAUUCCAAAGAGACAAAUCCAUCUGCAACUGCAUCUCUCCUCGCCCCUCUUUUCUCACUCCUCACUCUUCUUUCUCCUGGUUCUUUUUUGAAGAGGACGUGUGGACGGAGAUUGCGAAGCACCUGGAUGGAAAGUCUCUUGUGAUGCUUGGAUCAACCAGCAAGUGGUUCCACCUCCUUAUCAUGGAGGAGAGCAUUUGGAAAUUUGCCUGUUUACGGGAGCUUCAAGUACCCGAUGCUGGACACGUUUCCUUCAAGUGGAUCCAGCUUUAUGCUUCAGCUUUCGAUGGAAGUCACUCUUAUGCCUUCCGUCAGCAGGAGAAACAUAUAGAUUGGAUGAGAAUUGGUGCAUUUUUCCUCGACUCAUCGACCGUUCUUCUGACGGAGAAGCUGAGCUCUCCACCAGAAAUUCCACCAGAAGGGACUAUGGAGAAAAUGUUGCAGUCCACUGGCUCUUGUGUGCUGAACAAUAUUAGAACUGGGAUUUGGAUAGCCGAUCUACAGCUUGUCCGGUGUCCUGUCUGUGAUCAGAACACAUGCGAUGGAACAAUGCAGACUUUAGAUGCAAGGCAUGUAGAGCUUUUUUUGAGCGAGGGUUACAAGAAUGGGAGCUGGGAAUACAACCUCAUAGGAUCCCAUGACAUUAAGAAACACACAGAGGGAGCUGCAGGCGGCAUUUUUGACAUUAAGCACCUCGAGGAUCCCUCAACCUCUGAGGUGUUUGAUCUCAAGUCAUGGGUGGGGAAAUCCAAUGACUGGCAACCAAAAGCCAUGAUAACCCUCCAUGCAGCUGCUGUGAACACCAAUUUGCAAGAGAAUGAAGGGCUUCAUGUAAAAUACCACGCGAUGACUGCCGGAGCUGAUGGCGAAGUUGUUUCCAUAAGAAUCUCUCAGCAGCUUCUGUAAUCGUGUUGAAAUGCAAGAACCCUUGGCAGAAUUUUUGUACUCUCCCCAGGCGUGCAAUUUUAGUUGGUUCGUCCUUACAAACAGUUGGUCACACAUCAGUAGUAAAUGGGGAUUAACACAAAAAAAAGAG